AUGUCCCUGUCGGCCUCUUUGGUUGCUGCCCUGCCUGAGGAAAUUCGUCCUGGGCCUGAUUUCCAUGGAAUUCCAUGGGAGCCUGUUAUUGUCACUGCCUUAGUGGGAAUUGCCACACUUGCCAUAAUUUUUUGGAGAACCUGCCUUUCAGUAAAGAGUAGAAUGUAUCAAGUGACUGAAAAGCAACUUGCUGAAAAGAUUAAGAACCUUCUGCAAGAAAGAGCAGAGAUCUUAGAAAAGAUGACAGAAUAUGAUCAAAAGAUAAAGGAAGCAAAGGAAUCUGUGAAGGUGGUGCAGGAACAAAAAGACAUUCUCUCUGAUGAAACUGCAGGGCUUAAGGACACUGUCAAAGGACGUGAAGAAGCAAAUCGUCUGCUAGCUGACAAAGUAAAAAGUCUGCAUGCAAUGAUUGAAACAGAGAGAAAAAAGAAAGAGAAGAAACAGAAUAAGAUUUCUGAAACCCGGAAGUCCAUGAAGAAACUUCAAGAGGCUGUCAUUGUGCAUUCUGUAGAGCUUUCAGAGAUGCAGAUAGCCCUUAAUGAAGUUAAGUUAAGUGAAGAAAAGGUGAAAUCUGAACUUCAUCACGUGCAGGAAGAGAAUGCUAGGCUGAAAAAGAGCAAAGAGCAACUGCUAAAAGAAGCUGAAGGUUGGAGUGAGAGGCAUACUGAGCUCAGUGAGCAGAUCAAACUGUAUCAGAAAUCGCAGAAAGACCUAGAAGAAGCACUUGCCUACAAGGAAAGUGAAAUCAAAGUCUUAACUAACUGCAUUAUGCAGCUGAAGCAGCUCGACAUGGAUUCUGAGGCCAAGAAGGAUGGCGAAGGGUGUGAAUGGAGCGCGGGAGGUGAUCGGGCCAAUGGAGAGGUGCCAGAUAAUAAGAGUGAGAAGAUGAAGACUCAGAUUAAGCAAAUGAUGGAUGUCUCAAGGGUAAAAACUAUGUUAUCCAUAGCUGAAGAAGACAGAAAUCUUCUGCAAUCCAAACUGAGUGAUGAAGUAAAAGCAAGACAUGAGCUAGAAGAGCAGAUAAAAAAAUUGGAACACGACUCCUGUUCGCUCCAGUCGGCCAAGGCUCGACUAGAAAAUGAAUGCAAAUCACUGCAGCAGAAAGUGGAGAUUCUUGGUGAACUCUACCGGGAGAAGGAGAUGGCGCUCCAGAAAAAGCUAACCCAGGAAGAGUAUGAGCGUCAGGAGAAGGAGCAGAAAUUGUCUGCUGCAGAUGAAAAAGCUGUGCUUGCCAUCGAAGAAGUGAAAGUUUACAAGCAAAGGAUCCAAGAUAUGGAAGAAGAAUUGCAAAAAACAGAGAGAUCUUAUAAAAAACAGAUUGCUGCUCAUGAGAAAAAGGCACAUGACAAUUGGCUUAUUGCCCGCUCUGCUGAGAGAGCUCUAGCUGAAGAAAAAAGAGAAGUAGCCAAUCUGAGACAGAAAUUAAUAGAAGUAAACCAAAAAAUUGUUAUGCAUCAAAGACCAUUAAUUGUAAAGCCGACUCCAGGCAGACCUGAUCGCCAAGUCCCACCGCGACGAGAGCCCUUAAGCAGAGAUGGCUCUUUUGGUCCAUCACCUGUGGGUGGAGGAAAUCCAUCCCCCACACAGAUGAUAGAAGUUCCUCCUUGGCCCCUUUCUGCACCUCGAAGGGAAGGCUCAAGAGGUGAAUUUGGUACAGUGGUAGAUGGGCCCCCAGUUCCACGAGGGCCACCUGAGUUACCUGGAAGGAUGUCUGUUUCUGAUCUCAGGCCUGCUGUCGCAUCCUCGAUCAGUAGUAGGCCAAGAACCUCCUCCCCUUCCACAGCCGUGGAUGGAGUGGCUAAUACUAGUCCCAAAGGCCCACCUUCUUUCCCUGGGACACCUACCAUGACCUCCCCAGUGAUGGGACCUCCACCACCUGUUCGCUACGGACCGCUGCCAGCUCCUCUCCGUGGGCACUUUGGGCCUCGACCUCUUCCAGUGCCCUCAGUUCAUGGUGCUCCCUUGCCACUUCCAGAUGCAAGAGAUUUCUUACCUGGCCCACCCUUAGGAAUGAGAGAUCUGCCUCCUGGCCCACUACCGCCUCCUCCAGAUCCAAGAGGCUAUGGACGUGCGCACCCUCCGAUUCGACCUCUACGUCCUCCUGGCCCAAGAGAUUAUCCUCCAGGCCCACGGCUACCCCCGCCUGGUUCAAGAGACUAUACACCUUCUCCUAGCAGAGACUUGCCUCCAGCAGGACCUAGGGACUACCCUGCGGGCCCUGCCCCGCUGCCACCACCAGGCUCAAAGGACUACACACAGCCCCCAGUGCAGAAAUCCUAA